CGCCUCCUUCAAAUUCCCUACUAAGUGUAUCUCCACUCGUGCCCAUACAAUUCCCCUCCUUUUGCGUCAUAGACUAGUCAAAAACAUUACCAAAUAAAGUGAGUUAAAGCGAUCCUAAUUCGGCAGACUUUUUCCAAAAAGAACACGGCAUACCUCCAGUGCGAAAAUAACAACAUAUAAAGUAGGUUAAGCGUGUGUCAUGUUCUUAAUGUUUUAGAGCUUUAUAUCGAUACCCACUCACUAGGAUGACGGAUCCGACGCUGGAUUAUUUCAUUAAUCUUGGGCAAAUUCAAGAAGAUGAUGCUUCACACAUCCAGUGGUCCCAUGCGACCAACAGCAAGCACAAGGUCGUAGCUGCUUUGAAUGGACCUUGUCACAUGAUUGAGGCGGACAUACUCAUGAGAGGAAAUGAGCCCAAAGAGCCAAUUAUGGCCCAUCCUCCCAUGAGGGACAGUGACAUCACACUGCAGGAGUGGUUGGAAGAAGUGAAGAAGCAGAACAACAAGGGGAUCAAACUGGACUUUAAGAGCCUUGAAGCUGUGGUUCCGUCGUUGGCCUUGUUGGAGAAAGUGUCGGGGGACUGGGGGGCCCCGAUGUGGCUCAACGCAGACAUCCUCCCAGGGCCCCAAGGCACGACCACCCCACUGGAGGCUCAGGCCUUCCUGGACGCGGUGGGCUCCGGGGCCUCUCCCGUCGUGUUGUCCCUCGGAUGGACCACAGGCUGGUCUGCUGGGACAGACAAUCCAGGUUACAGCUGGGCCAUGGUGCGUCAGAUGGAAGACGCGUGCCGGGGCUUGCGUCAUCCGGUCACCUUCCCAGUGCGAGCCGCCCUGCUAGCCCAGUCCUUCGACCAGAUGAAGUGGCUGCUGCAGCAGUCAGACAGGUAUAAUCUCACUGUAUGGACUGGCCAAGAGGAUGUGUUUGCUGUCGAGGACCUACUGCCAUACCGAAGACAUUUUGGGAGGAGUAAAAUCUAUUAUGACCUACCGGACUCGGAAAGAUUAGAGCUAUGCAAUGCUUAAGGUUCAAAGAAAUGCAAUGAAAUUAAACUGACAUUCCACACAAAUCCCAUUACAAUGUUGAAUGAAUUUAAAGAAAAAUACUUGAGGGUCCAAAUCAUAACUCUAGUCAUAAUAAUUGAUAUUCUUCCCAUCUUUUAGUUUGUUCAUUACUUCAUUUAAACGAAAGCUACAAUAUCCAAAUGAAUCUAAACGUAUGCAGUUGUAUUUUUGUGUGUACCUCAAGAGUACUUAUAAAUCGGUUUGUAUAGUUAAUCAUUUUUAUAAAGUGUAAAUUAUGUUUUUCAGCUUUGUGAAGUCAGUAUGAACAUUUGUAAAACAUAAAUGACAGUUCUGUGAUUUACUUCUGUUGCUGCGAAAAAACAUUUCCUUGGUACAAAUUCAGGCAUUUAAAAAUAAAUCAUCUUAUUUUAAUUCUGAAAGGUUCCAUACAGAUAUCACAUAUCAAACAAAAUAAUGCUUCUGUACACUAGCCUUUUGCCAUCCCCUAUACUAUUCUAGAAAAACCACUGACGGGCAUAUUUUACCUCCACCUAUAGGCCUAAUGGAUGCUUUAUGUUUCGAGGUUCCAGAAACAGAAUUCACCCAUCUUGUAUUUGUGUCCACUGGUAUAGUAUACUGCUGUGACAAAUAAUCCCAAAAAAGGAAACAUACAUAUGGUAAUACUUUUGACUACAGAACAAACUCUUGCCGAUCAGAUGAAAAUUCUCACGGCAGCUCUUCUCAUUAUCUUCAAAAUGUCUAAGCGUGUACUGCUAUUUCCACAGAGCUCAAUUGGAGUGCUGUGAGUUAAUGCAGGAGGGGCAGCAGUGCAGAGAGUCGUGGAUGAAGAGGUCACACUCUGUACAGAACACACCGCUGCAAAAAGGACACGUGAACACCUAGAAAGCGAAAGUACAGUCAAAAUCAUGUUCUCGUCAGUUACACUGCUCUUAAAUCUGCUAUGAGAACAAAAACAUACUAUUUUGUCCUUCAGUUUUCCUUGACAGGCGUGGCAGAACCUGUAACGAAAGGCAGAAGUACUGUUGAAAGUAGUGAUAUCAUGCUUUUUCGGCUUUUCCCUUUGCUUUCGACUGAUAUGACGUAUGUACACAUGUUAAACGUAUGCUAAGCUAGAAAAUUAUAAGUCGGAGCCAUGGGGUAAUGUUCACGCCCACCGAGAACGCCCCUCAACAAGUGUGUGAAACCGCUCAUUUGAGCGCAAACUUUACUUCCGUUACAGUGUUACGUCAGACUGUGCAGUGGUGCUGAAGUGCAGAAGUCCCGGCUACCCGCAAUGUUAACAACUUCUCGGGGUUGGGAAUUUGCCAACACACGUGCAAAGCGUUCGACCAAUCACAGCAGAAUGGGCUACUCGGGAGGGGGGCCUUAAAGCGACAUACAAAUCAGACUGUUUUUGAAUGAUGCUGAAAUUGGUUUUGCAGCAAUGAAGAGUGAGAAUAAUAAGGGGUGUUUCUAACAUACAGGCAUGUAACUAGUAUUACCCCCAAAUGCAGUUAUUAACCCUAAAAAGCAUGACAUGGGAUCUUUAUGUA